AUGAAGCAAGACAUGACUACACGAGGUGAAACCAGGCAGCACCUACAAGAACUACACUCACAGCUUGCCAUUCGACUGGAUGUCUUGGAAGACAAGGGGCGUCAGAGAAAUCUCAAGUAGCAGACUCUGUUCCCACGGAUGAGCUACCACACUUCCUCAGGAGGCUCCUAUCCACUGUCCUACCUGCAAAAUCUCUGAACAGUUUGCAUACGAUGGCCUGUACCGCAUCUACACAACAUCCUGUGCAUCGACGAAUGUUCAGCGGGACAUCAUCCUAUGCUGCCAGACUCUCUCUGGCAAACAGCGGCUCCUACAUGCUCUGAAGGGGAAAACGCCGCUCCAAUUUGAGAAUCAUUCCCUCGCCUUCUUCGAGGACCUGAACAAAGCCACCCUGCUUUGGCGGAAAUCUAUGCGCCAUACCACCCAGGCCCUGCAGGAGGCAGGAAUAACCUAUCGUUGGACAUAUCCUAGAUCCCUCACGGUCACCACAGACAGGAAGAUUUACAAAGCAAAAAGUCCACCAGAGGGCCUAAAUAUCCUACAGGCAUUGGGCCUCUCCGAAACACAGCCUGCCAGUCACACCUGGGAUGUCUCCCGAAUCGCGCCAUUCGUCCCUGGGGGCACAGUGAACUCUGUGACCUGA